GAAGACACACCUUUCACCCCCACCCAAGCCGCUUAUAAACCAGAGACUUCCAAUGACGCUGCGUGACACCAGGAGGCUGAAGAGUGCAGAACCUGGAGGACUCACCUACCUUCACCUCCACGAACGGUUUCCUAACAAGGUCAGGAAGUCAUGCUUCACCUCAUCAUCUUCCUCACGUUUUGCCUUUGCUUCGUGGAGAGUCAGUUCCCCAGAGUCUGCACAACUGAAGCUGCUUUUCGCACCAAGACUUGUUGUCCACUUUGGAAGGACAAAAGCCCAUGUGGUUCCCUGUCAGGUCGUGGAAGAUGCCGAAGCUGGACAGCCAAAAAAACAAUCCCCCAGUAUAAUGACGAUCGACUAGAUUGGCCAAGACACUAUUAUGAGAACACUUGUGAGUGCUUUGGGAACUAUAGUGGCUUCGAUUGUGAUGACUGCAGAUUUGGCCACCAUGGUGAGAAGUGUGAGAGAAAGAAGGUCAUCAUAAGGAGAGAGAUCCGCGAGCUGUCACUCCUAGAACAAAAAAGAUUAUUCAGCUACCUGGCCUUGGCCAAGACCACGAAAAGUCAAGAUUUUGUUGUCCUGAGCACAGGAGACCGACACCAUCGUGAGACUUACCGCUUUGUAGACGCGUCUCUCUAUGAUCUCUUUGUUUGGAUGCACUAUUACUCCAUGAAGGCUCUCAUGAUAAAUAGCACAUUCAUCCCUGAUAAGAACUUUGCUCACCAGGGCCCUGCAUUUCCCGGAUGGCAUCGUCUAAAUCUCUUAUUUCUGGAAAGGCAAAUCCAGCUCAUGACAAGAGAUGAAGAUUUUGCCAUCCCGUACUAUGACUGGCGGGGGGACAAAAACUGCUCCAUCUGUACUGAUGAACUUUUGGGAACAAAUGAUGACCAAGGAGUGAUCAAUCCGUACUCCCACUUUUCGUUUUGGAAGGCAAUUUGCAGCGGGUUCAAUUUCCCAGAUGAAUAUUGUCCAUUGGCAGACUCUGAGCACAAGAUGGAAAGACUGCAUAGGAAACCUGGGACCACACCAUAUGCCACCAACUUACCCACAUUCCUGGAUGUGGAGAACAUACUGAAGCUUGAGAACUUUGACACUCCACCUUAUAAUGAGACAUCUUUAUACAGCUUCAGAAACGCCCUGGAAGGUUUCCUCUCUCCAGAUGGAGUGACAUUACGAAGAAGCAUGCACAACUUGGUCCACAUCUAUCUGGGGGGCACCAUGUCUCAGAUUCCAAUCUCAAGCAAUGACCCCAUAUUUCUGUUUCAUCACAGUUUCGUUGACAAGAUUUUUGAAUCAUGGAUGGCCCGGUACAAGGCUUUGCCUCUCAAUUAUCCUGAGAACGACCAGAUUGGACAAGGACCAGAUGAUUGUGCAACCCCCUUCUUCCCCUGUUACAAGAACAAGGAGCUUAUCCUCAGAUCGGCUGAGUUUGGUUAUGAGUUCUCCUCUUACCCAUGA